AUGCGACACAUCUACCAACGUACCAAGAUCACUGUUCAUAUAGAUAUUGUUGGACCAUUGCCUCCUGCUACUCUUCCUAACUACUCAUACCCUCUCCCAUACAGUUACCUUCUCACUUGCAUUGACAGAGCGACAAGAUGGAGGGAAGCUAUACCUGUAAUAGACACCAACGCGAGCUCCGUCGCUAUUGCAUUCGUGGCUGGUUGGAUUUCUCAUUUUGGAGUACCGCUACAGGUAGUGACAGACAGAGGUGCUCAAUUUGAAAGUGAGUUGUUUUCCGAGCUUUCCUCAAUUAUUGGCUUCCAUCACAUGCGAACAACUGCUUAUCAUCCUCAAGCGAACGGAAUCAUUGAACGCCAUCACCGCUCUCUAAAAUCAGCGAUACGUGCUAGACAAGAGAACUGGUUUUAUGCUUUGCCCAUAGUUUUACUUGGAUAUCGCUUGACACCUAAUAUGACCAGUUACUCGCCAUUCACUGCUGUCACAGGAACUCAUAUGUUGUGUCCUUCUGCAAUUAUCACUAAAGACUCGCCAAUAUCAACAAACAAAGAUACUAUACACCGCUUGAUUAAAGAAAUGCAGGCCAUUGAUUUUUAUAACUUUUCAUCAGGUGAAUGUCACUCCUCAUCUAAACCAUAUGUUCCUAACGUUCUGUUUUCAUGUUCAAAGGUCUGGGUGCGGAUUGACAGAGUUCGCAAAAGUUUAGAAGCUCCUUAUUCGGGACCUUAUGAAGUAAUACAACGUGACCCGAAAUAUUUCAUCCUCAGACUACCUCAGGGUGACACGUCUGUAUCUAUUGAGUGUUUGAAGCCAGCUUAUAUACCAAUCACCAGACAAGCACCAUCUAAUGAUAGAGAUGACCUGACUACGUCUACCUUAGACUCUAAUUCAUCUCCUUUUCCUGAUAUCUCUGCUUCUACACCUUCCCCCUCUGCUCAUUUCCAGUCUGAUCUUCCUCGCCAUACCAUACCUAACUUCCCUCGUACAACUCGUUCAGGGAAGACAGUGUAUUUCAAUCAACACCCUCACUAUUUAUAUUACUAG